AUGAUGGCUGCCAUGGCUCCAGGCGGUCCUGGAGACCCUCAUACUCAAAUGAAUACAUACAGAAGCUACGUGACUAUGUUGGCGGAUCCAGGGGCGAAAGAUGAAAUCAAGCUCAAAGCUGCACAGGAACUUAGUGAGAACUUUGAGGUAAUACUAAGUUCACCACAGUAUCCACAAUUCCUGGAACACUCCUUGAAAAUUUUUCUCAAAAUUCUUCAAGAAGGGGAACCACAUUUUAUUGCUGAAUACAAUAUACAACAAGUAAGAAAACUCAUUCUUGAGAUGAUUCAUCGUCUGCCAAUCAGUGAAACUUUAAGAGCACAUGUGAGAAACAUCUUAAUAUUGAUGCUGAAACUAAUGGAGAUUGAAAAUGAGGAGAAUGUUCUGGUUUGCUUAAAGAUUUUUAUGGAAUUGCACAAGCAGUAUAGACCUGCAUAUAGCACUGACGUCGAUAUACAUAAGUUUCUACAAUGGGUUAAAGGAAUAUACUCUGAUUUACCAAAUCAUUUGCCAAAAAUAUUUGAACCUAAGCCUACAAUAAGGGUGAAGGAUUUAUCUGAAGUUAACAUCGACCAGUUGUUAUCAGAGACUUACACCACAACACCAAUACAUACUGAAAAGAAAUUACUUGAUGGCAGUGUUGUUACUUACAAUCUCAUUCCAAGAUCUGUGCUGUCACUAAAAGUGAUACAGGAGUUACCAAUAAUAGUGGUUCUCAUGUAUCAAUUGUAUAAGCAAAAUGUCCAUCAAGAGGUUAGCAAUUUUAUACCACUCAUUAUGGAAACCAUUACUUUGCAACCUGCAGCGACACACAGGCAAUCUGCCUCGUUUAAUAAGGAAGUAUUUGUGGACUUCAUGGGUGCACAAAUCAAGACAUUGGCUUUCUUAGCCUACAUUAUUAGAAUAUAUCAAGACACGAUAGCUAAUCAUGCUAACUUAAUGGUAAAAGGUAUUAUUGGUUUAUUGACCUUGUGUCCACCUGAAGUAGCGCAUCUUAGGAAAGAGUUGGUGAUAGCUACACGGCAUAUACUUGCUACGGAUUUGAGACUAAAAUUCGUGCCUUACAUGGAGCGAUUAUUUGACGAGGACGUAUUAUUAGGAGGAGGCUGGACCGUCCACGAGUCGCUGCGACCACUCGCAUAUUCAACACUAGCAGACCUUGUCCAUCAUGUACGACAACUUCUGCCACUCACUGAUCUCGCUAUAGCUGCACAUCUCUUUUCAAAAAACGUGCAUGACGAAUCUCUUCCCACUAGCAUCCAAACUAUGUCCUGCAAGUUACUUUUAAACUUAGUGGACUGUAUACGCCAGCGCUCUGAGAGCGAGGGAGCAGCUGCCGCGGGCACACAGCCGCAAGGUCGCCAGUUGCUCAUGCGCAUCUUAGAAGUCUUCGUGCUAAAAUUCAAGACCAUAUCUAAGUUGCAACUUCCAGCUUUAAUGAAUAAGUGCAAGCAAACGACCCCUCCGCCGAAUGGCACUAACAGCGGAGGCACAACUCCGGGCACUCCCACUACUCCGACUCCUGCAAUAACGGCAGUAGAAGUUAAAGUAGAAGAAGAAAAACUUGCGCCUGAUUUCUUAGAUGCAGCUGUGAAAAAUGAGGAGAAAUCUAAAAUCGGUUUCCCUUCGUCCCAAAUGAGUAAUUUGAACGUAGGAGACUAUAGGACAUUAGUAAAGACGCUAGUGUGUGGAGUGAAGACCAUCACAUGGGGGUGUGCUUCGUGUAAGACAACGACAAGUACGGAAGGCGCGUCCACGACCACUAUAACGGGUCAGAAGCAGUUCAGCGCGCGCGAGACGCUCGUGUUCAUUCGCUUGGUGCGGUGGGGACUGCAGUCGCUCGACAUCUACACGCUGGCUGCGCCGCGCGCGCCCGCGCAGCCGCCAGCGCAGCCGCACGUACGCUCUAAGGAGGAAAAAGAAGUGCUCGAACAUUUCAGUGGAGUUUUCUCAAUGAUGAAUCCGCAGACAUUCCAAGAAAUAUUUACAGCUACAAUAUCGCACAUGGUGGAAAGGAUAAAUAAAAAUACAACGUUACAGAUAAUUGCUAAUACGUUUUUAUCGAACCCUGCGACAUCGCCAAUAUUCGCUACAGUCCUAGUAGAGUACCUGCUCGAAAGAAUGGAGGAAAUGGGCACAAAUGUUGAAAGAUCUAAUCUUUAUCUUCGACUUUUCAAAUUGGUCUUCGGCUCUGUAAGUUUGUUCCCCACUGAAAAUGAACAGAUGCUGCGCCCUCAUUUACACAGUAUAGUCAAUAAAGCUAUGGAUUACGCAAUGACAGCCAAGGAACCGUAUAAUUAUUUUCUACUUUUGAGAGCUUUAUUUCGUUCUAUCGGUGGUGGCAGCCACGACUUGUUAUAUCAGGAGUUCUUACCACUUCUACCUAAUCUUUUAGAGGGGCUUAAUCGCCUACAGAGUGGCCUUCAUAAACAACACAUGAAAGACCUGUUUGUAGAGUUAUGUCUGACCGUACCUGUUAGAUUAAGUAGUCUAUUACCUUACUUACCGAUGCUUAUGGAUCCAUUAGUAUCAGCAUUAAAUGGUUCUCAUACACUAAUAUCACAAGGCUUACGUACCCUCGAACUUUGCGUCGAUAACUUGCAACCUGACUUUUUAUAUGAGCACAUUCAACCUGUCAGAGCAGAUUUGAUGCAGGCCCUUUGGAGAACUUUGCAGAAUAAUGAAGUUGCUAGAAUAGCUUUUAGAGUUCUAGGCAAAUUUGGUGGAGGCAAUCGCAAAAUGAUGAUUGAACCACAAAGACUAGAAUAUCGCGAAACAGACGCGCCACCCCCAGCCAUUCUAGCAUAUUUCCAAGAACAAACAAAACCAAUAGACUUCGAAGUAGACAAAGUAAUAGAGACAGCUUUUUCGGCGUUAAAGUCAAGCAUAACAGAUCCGUUUUAUAGAAGACAGUGUUGGGAAGUGCUCCGUUGUUACUUGGCAUCGUCUCUCAAUUUAGACGAUGAUAAAGCGACAUUACAGAAGUUAUUUAAUCACCCCAGUUUCGUAGAUGGUAAGAUUCAGGUUCAGAAUGGCCCUUAUUACAAGUGCAUGAACAGUAUUGUAAGAAAUACUCACCGAACCGCUCUGACAGGAAUGUUUGUGGCCGCGGCCAUCAAAGAACUACGCCAUCUUGUGCUGCCAACAAUGGUAUCGUUAGUACGUCACUACACUAUGGUAGCUAUUGCACAACAGGCAGGACCUUUUGUAGAGAGCUCUCAGCCGAAAGAAGGUCUAGAUGCUUUGGUACUCGUAGACGCCAUAGCCGUCAUUAUGGGUCACGAAGAAAAGGAGCUCUGUAAACCUGGUCAUCUGGCGUUGGUUCUUAUGAUAGAAACUGCGGCUACUGUGCUCGGAAGUAGAGAACGCGCGUGCCGUUUACCGUUGAUGGAGUAUCUUGCUGAACGAAUGUCAGCCUUAUGCUAUGAACGUGCUUGGUACGCUAAAUUAGGAGGAUGCAUAGCUGUCAAGUUCAUGGUAGAGAAAAUGGCUCCAGAAUGGGUUUACAAACAUGUUUAUACGUUUUUGAAGGCUGUUCUAUUCGUUAUGAUGGACUUGACAGGCGAAGUUUCGUCGGGAGCUAUAGAUAUGGCUACGGUAAACCUUGAGCGUUUAGUACGAGUCUGUGUGGUUGGUCCAUGCGUUCAAGGUAUAGAAACUGAGGGAGAGCUCUCUGCAGCGAAGACUAAAGCUUUACACGACGUCCACCAAGAGCUUGUAUUACAAGUAACGAGUCCUCAUCUACUAGUGCGUCAACAGGCAAUGAAAUCCUUGGAGCUAAUAGCUGAAUUACAAAAGAAAUCUGUAACAGAAGUAAUGGAUCCACAUAGAGAGGUACUGGCAGAUAUUAUACCUCCUAAAAAGCAUUUACUUCGCCAUCAGCCAGCCAAUGCUCAAAUGGGUCUAAUGGAUGGUACGACGUUCUGUACUACUCUAAAACCGAGACUUUUUACGAUAGAUUUGAACAUACAAGAACAUAAAGUAUUUUUCCGCGAGUUACUUUCGCUAUGCGAAGCUGAAGAUGCAGUAUUAGGCAAGCUGCCGUGCUACAAAAGUGUUAACUUAGUUCCUCUUCGGGCAUCAGCUUUAAGAGCGCUGGCUGCUUGCCAUUACAUACAAGACAAGCAUUGUAGGGAGAAAAUAUUUCAUGUUCUUUAUAAAUCGCUUGAGAAGAAUGAUCAGGAGUUGCAACAAGUGGGAUUCGAAUGUAUGCAGAAAUUCCUAUCAGGCUUCCAAAUAGACAUGGAAAUGGUGCAUCCAGUGAUGCGACCUUUAUUGUUGACGCUUGGAGAUCACCGACAUUUGAGUGUCAAUGGGGCGAAAAGACUAUCAUAUUUAACGCAGCUGUUUCCAUCCACAUUUAGUGAGAAACUAUGUGAGCAGUUACUGCAACUGCUUAAAAAGUUACUGGACUAUUCUAUACAGACGAAUAGAGGUGGCAAUUUCCUGCAAAGUGUAUCAAAGAACAACGAAAAUGAGCAGAAAAUAAUAAUUUUAAUAGGCAUCUUUCAUCAAAUCCCUGCUGCGUCACCGCGGUUCAUAGAUGUGCUUUGUCGACUUAUUUUCCACACAGAGAAGUCACUCAUGAUAGAAGCUGGUUCUCCUUUCAGAGAGCCUUUGGUUAAAUUUCUUAUGAGAUACCCUAAAGAAACUUUAGAUUUGGUAUUGAGUGACAACAACAUCAAAGAUCAGCAAUGGAGUAGAUUCCUUGUAUUCUUGAUCAAACAUCCAAAAGUGGGCCCUCCAUAUAGGGAAGCUUUACAAACGACCAAGAAGCCCCGUUUAAUGCAAUUGUUGGCCGCCAACACGGCCGGCACCGCGACCAACGUGCCACAGGCCGAUAGAGCCGAAAUGCAGUACCAAGCAAUAAGAGCAAUAUCCCUUUUGAUUAAGUUCGAUGACAAAUGGUUGGCGAGUCAACAAGAUCUGAUUGAGUUAUUAAAACGUAUUUGGUGUAGUGACCAAUACCAUGAGAUUCAUAAGAAAGUAGAAAUUGUUGACUGCACUCAUUGGAAGGAGCCUAAACUAAUUGUGAAGAUAUUACUUCACUACUUCUGCCAACACAAAUCCAAUAUAGAUCUCUUGUUCCAAUUGUUGCGAGCUUUGUGUGACCGGUUUAUUCCAGAUUUCCAGUUCCUUCGAGACUUUCUGGAAAACACAGUAGCUCAGACGUACGAUGUGGAAUGGAAGCGUGCAGCGUUUUUCCGUUUUGUGGAGCAUUUCUCUAGCGACGCAAUGUCUCAGGACCUUAAGGCAAAGGUCCUACAAAUGAUCCUGAUACCUUGCUUCGCGGUCAGUUUUGACAAAGGCCAGAAGAUAGUCGGCGGACCGCCGGCACCCUAUCAGGAUAAUCCAGACAACGUCGUCUCGGUGUUUAUCAAUAACGUAAUUGACCCUGAAAAUCCUUUCGCAUGUUCUGACGCAGUGCGUAUUUCUCUACUCCAAUUCGCUUGCCUAUUGUUAGAGCAAGCGUCUGCGCACAUCCACGACGCAAAUAACAAGAAACAAGGUAACAAACUCCGUAGACUGAUGACGUUUGCCUGGCCGUGUCUACUUGGGAAAAAUUAUGUUGAUCCUGCGACAAGAUAUCAUGGCCAUUUAUUAUUGAGUCAUAUUAUAGCAAAGUUCGCUAUACAUAAACGGAUCGUAUUGCAAGUAUUCCACAGUCUCCUGAAAGCGCACGCAGUAGAGGCUCGAUCGGUGGUGCGGCAAGCGUUAGAGAUUCUAACGCCAGCGAUGCCGCAGCGCAUGGAAGACGGUAACACUAUGCUCACACACUGGACUAAGAAGAUCAUUGUCGAGGAUGGACACUCCGUGCAGCAACUCUUCCAUAUACUGCAGCUCGUCGUUAGACAUUACAAGGUGUAUUAUCCAGUCCGCCACGCGCUUGUAGGACAUAUGGUGGCAGCUAUGCAACGACUCGGUUUUUCUGCGACUGCUUCUCUCGAACAUCGACGUCUCGCCGUAGAUCUAGCGGAGGUAGCUCUUAAGUGGGAAUUACAGAGAAUACGCGACCACACGCAUGAUGACAGUGUGGUAACGACAUCCCCUAGUGGUGCAAUGAAACGAAUAUCUUCAGAUGAGAGUGGCACUGAAGUUCGUAAGGCUCUUAACACAGGAUGGGCAAGUCCCCAGGCUUGUGUGUCUCGUAUGGAACCUGAUGCUGCGAAACCGCUAGACAGGCAACAUGUCGACGUUGUCGUUAAUUUAUUAUUGCGACUGGCUUGCCAGGUGAAUGAAGGCAGCGUAGCGGGCAGUGGAACUACAGGAGCGUCGCCGGGUGAGCAACUGUCGCGUCGUUGCGUGCUCUUGCUUAAGACUGCUCUCAAACCUGACGUGUGGCCGCAUCUAUGCGAACCCAAACUCGCCUGGUUAGAUAAAGUAUUCUCAACAGCAGAGGCCAACGCCGGUGGUUGCGCCAACGCUUGCACGGCUUUAGAACUACUCGUUUUCCUACUUGGUGUACUAAGGCGUGAACAAAUACUAGUGGCUUUGAAGCCCUUGCAAAGAGGACUUGCAGCUUGUGUGUCAUCGACAAACCCGAAGAUCGUACGACUGACGCACAAUUUGUUAGCCAAACUUACAGCUAUAUUCCCCACUGAACCGACAGGAGCGGCACAAGCUUCUAAGUAUGAAGAACUUGAAACCUUAUACGCAUGUGUAAGCAAAUAUGCAUUUGAGGGGUUAGCCGCAUACGAAAAGUCUGCUGGUGGACAGACGGCCGGUGCGGCAACAACAGCUGCAGGCGCGGCAGGGCCGAGCGCGGCGGGCGGCGCGACGGGCGGAGGCGCGAGCGCGCUGCUGGGGCCGCUCAUGAUGCUGAAGGCGUGCUGCGCGUCGUCGCCCGCCUACAUCGACCGCCUGCUGCAGCCGCUCAUGCGCGUGCUGCAGCGCAUGGCGCGGGACCACGUCGCGCCCAGCCCGGACCAUGCCCUGGCCGAUCUACUCAUUUUAGCUCUUGAUUUACUAAAAGCCCGCGUGUGUGUGAUGCAAGUGCAAGACACCAGAAAAACAUUCAUUGGAGCCGUUUUGGUCGGUCUGAUCGAAAAGACGACGGAUGCCAAGGUGAUGAAAGCCAUAAUCCGUAUGGUAGAAGAAUGGGUGAAAUGUCGCGGUACCACACCAGCUGCUGCUAAUGUGCCGGGGACGAGUUCCGCUGUCGCCAACACGAACGCAGGCUCUGCACCCUCCUUUAGAGAGAAAUCUAUUCUAUUGGUUAAACUGAUGCACUACGUCGAGAAACGGUUUCCAGAUGACUUGGAACUGAAUGCAUCAUUCUUAGAACUCAUCAACUAUGUUUAUAGGGAUGACCAGCUAAAGAAUACCGAACUAGCAUCUAAACUAGAGCCAGCAUUCCUGGCGGGUCUGCGGUGCCCACAGCCGCACAUUCGCGCUAAGUUCUUUGAGGUGUAUGACGCUAGCGUACGCAAACGUAUCUUUGAUCGUUUACUAUACAUCAUAUGUUCUCAGAACUGGGAAAAUAUUGGGCAGCAUUUCUGGAUUAAGCAAUGCCUCGAGUUAUUGCUAGUAACUUGUGUACCAAGUACUCAAGUCAGAUUAUCAAAUUCUAAGUACCUGCUACCGAGCAUAUCGUCAGUAAUAAGUACUGGCGAUAGUGAAGACCGCAAAUCAUUUGUAAUAUUCAGCAGUGUAAAAGAAGAAUCCUCAGAUGGUUACAGUGAUUCGUUGGACCCGGAUAAAGAAGAUGUACUUGAUAUGGACCUCGAUUCUAGUUCUACCCCUAAAGAAGAGUGUGUUACUAAAACAGUAACAAACAGACUUCGCACCUUGAACCAAAUAGUGGCAAAACAGUCAGAGUUCCUCGAGUUAGCUCGUCGAGUCCGAACUGAACAAUUUGUUGUUGCUGCUGCACAGCUAUGUCACAUGGACGAAGCACUCGCGCACCAUACUUGGCUACAGCUCUUCCCGAGAUUAUGGUCCAUAUUAGACGAACGUCAGUUAGGAACUGUAAUGAGUGAGAUGGUUCCCUUCGUAAUAUCAGGCGUGCACGUAAUACAACGUGACCAACCACUCAGCGCGUUACACACAUUUAUAGAAGCGCUAGCGCGGUGCAACCCACCCGUCAUCAUGAGACCACCAAUGAUGAGAUAUCUGGGAAAGUCACACAACCUAUGGCAUCGUAUGACUCUGAAUUUGGAGCAAAUGGCCAUUGACCAGGCCAGUGGACGCGCUCAACGGGAACCAGUUGAGAUAUACGACUACGAAAUCGAAACCACCACACCUACAGAGGUGCAAGACUGUCUAAGCGAUAUGUACGAACUUUUGCAAGAGGAAGACAUGUGGUCUGGUCUGUGGCAGAAGCACGCCCGGUACCGCGAGACUACAGUUGCUAUCGCUUAUGAACAACAAGGCUUCUUCGAACAGGCGCAAGCUGCGUACGAUGUCGCUAUGACUAAACUUAAACAAGAGUACAACACAAACCCUAAUUCUUAUACGACGAUGCAUAAAGAAUGUAAUUUGUGGUCACAACAUUGGUUGAAGUGCGCGAAAGAACUGAACCAGUGGGAUUCUCUACUCGAACUCGGUCUUUCACGAAGUGGAAAGGAUCCCUUCCUUAUAUUAGAAAGUUCAUGGAGGAACCCCAAUUGGGCUACAAUGAAGGAAGCACUCGCCGAAGUGGAGUACAACUGUCCAAAGGAAUUAGCGUGGCUCGUGAACUUGUACCGCGGCUACCUAUGCAUCUGCGCCGGCGGCGAGCAGCAGCUGAGCGGCGUAGAGAGGCACGCCGAGGCGGCGGCGGCGCAGGCGCUGCGCGAAUGGCGCCGCCUGCCGCGUCUCGUGUCCCACGCGCACCUGCCGCUGCUGCGGGCCGCGCAGCAGCUUAUGGAAUUGAGCGAGGCUGCACAGAUACACACCGGUCUCCUGCACAGCCGCCCAACAUCUCUUCACGAUAUGAAGGCCAUAGUGAAGACAUGGCGCAAUCGCCUGCCUGUAGUAGCUGACCCGUUGUCGCAUUGGGGCGCGAUCUUUACGUGGAGGCAACAUCACUACCAGUUCAUCGCGUCUCAUUACGACUCACAGACAGAACACGGUACCAAUCACAGUAUGCUCGGAGUUCAUGCAAGUGCUCAGGCAAUAAUUCACUUUGCUAAAAUCGCAAGAAAACAUAACCUGUCCGGCGUGUGCCUAGACUCUCUACACCGUAUAUACACAAUACCUAGUGUUCCAAUCGUAGAUUGUUUCCAAAAGAUAAGGCAACAAGUGAAGUGUCACAUUCAAAUGUCCUGGACUGAGGGCAAAGAUGAGUUACAAGAGGGCUUAGAUAUGAUUGAGUCAACAAACUUCAAGUACUUUACUAAAGAAAUGACGGCAGAAUUCUACGCAUUCAAAGGAUUGCUACUUGCUCAACUUGGAAGGUCUGAUGACGCCAACAAAGCAUUUGCGGCCGCAGUUCAGCUUCAUGAUACUCUAGUUAAAGCGUGGGCGCUCUGGGGUGAUUAUCUUGAACAGAUAUUCAUAAGAGACCCUAAACAAACUCAAGUAGGAGUAUCCGCUAUGACCUGUUUCUUACAUGCUUGCCGUCAUCAGAACGAGUCCAAAUCGCGAAAAUACUGUGCUAAGGUACUUUGGAUGUUAAGUUUUGACGACGAAAAGAACAGCCUAGCUGAAGCCUUAGAUAAGUAUUCAGUGGGCGUUCCGCCUGUUCAGUGGUUACCGUGGAUACCACAGCUCCUCGCUUGUCUCGUCCAGUACGAUGGAACUGUUAUAUUAAAUCUUCUAAGUCAUGUUGGACGAUUAUAUCCGCAAGCUGUAUACUUCCCUAUUCGUACUCUAUACCUGACUUUGAAGAUUGAACAACGUGAAAGACACAAGACGGCUGAGAACAUCGCCGCGCAUCUACCACAUCAACCUACCACCUCAGCUGGUGGCAGUAAAGGAAGUGAAAGCGCUUCGUCAUCGAGCAGCGGGACAGCGGCCGUCGAGGCGGGUCCCAUCAAGGCCACGCUGCCCAUGUGGCGUUGCUCCAAGAUCAUGCAGCUGCAGCGGGAGAUACACCCCACCGUGCUCUCCUCGCUGGAGGGCAUCGUUGAUCAGAUGGUAUGGUUCCGCGAGAACUGGUACGAGGAGGUGCUGCGGCAGCUGCGCGCGGGGUUGUGCAAGUGCUAUGUGGUGGCGUUCCACCACCGCGCCGCAGUCGCCGAAGCUACCGUCACGCCACACACGCUCAACUUUAUCAAGAAGGUCGUCUCUACUUUCGGCAUCGGUAUUGGUAUAAAAAGUGUUUCAAGUUCUGUAAGUGGUGCAUUCUCUUCAGCUGCAUCAGAGAGCCUCGCCCGGCGCGCGCAAGCCACUGUCCAAGACCCCAUCUUCCAGAAGAUGAAGACUCAAUUUACUAGCGACUUCGAUUUUUCACAACCCAACGCUAUGAAAUUACAAAAUCUUAUACAAAAACUAAGGAAAUGGGUCAAGAUACUCGAGGCCAAAACUAAGGUUCUGCCCAAAUCAUUCCUUAUCGAAGAAAAAUGUAGAUUUUUAUCGAACUUCAGUCUAAAGACCGCAGAUGUGGAGUUACCCGGAGAAUUUUUGCUGCCGAAGCAUAUUCAUUAUCAUGUUCGAAUUGCCAGAUUUAUGCCUCGCGUUGAAAUUGUCCAAAAACACAACACAUCUGCUCGCAGACUUUAUAUACGCGGUCAUAAUGGCAAAAUAUACCCUUAUUUAGUGGUUAAUGACUCCGGCCUGGGUGACGCGAGAAGAGAAGAACGCGUUCUGCAAUUACUGAGGAUGUUAAAUCAUUACUUGGGAAAACAGAAGGAAACAUCUAGAAGAUUCCUACACUUUACGGUACCACGAGUUGUUUCAGUGUCGCCACAAAUGCGGCUCGUAGAAGAUAAUCCUAGUUCUAUAUCUCUGCUGGAUAUUUACAAGACUGAAUGUGCUAACAGGGGUGUUGAGUUUGAUGCUCCCAUUGCUCGUUACUACGAACGUCUAGCGGCUGUUCAAGCGCGCGGUUCACAAGCUUCACAUCAAGUUCUGCGAGAUAUUCUUCGUGAAGUGCAAGCUACAAUGGUUCCCAAAGGCAUGGUUCGCGAAUGGGCCUCAAACACGUUUGGUGCACCGACUGACUACUGGACAUUCAGGAAAAUGUUAACGCUGCAAUUGUCACUCGCGAGCUUCGCCGAGUACGUGUUACAUCUCACUAGACUAAACCCUGACAUGAUGUAUGUACACCAAGACUCAGGACUGCUCAACGUCUCCUACUUCAAGUUUGAUGUGGACGAUACGACUGGUGAAUUAGACUGUAAUCGGCCAGUACCCUUCCGACUAACUCCGAAUAUAUCAGAACUGCUAACCAAUAUUGGAAUCACCGGACCUUUGACAGCUUCAGCUAUUGCAGUCGCUCGAUGUCUCGUCACGCCCAAUUUCAAGAUCCAAUCCAUCUUGAGAACAAUUUUAAGGGAUGAAAUGGUGACAGGCUAUCGGAAACGUCUAGAAGACAAAUCAGGUAUGCCCACAGCCGGGACAUCAACUGAGAAUAAAUCCGCGGAAAUGGAUAACGAAACCAUUAUAAACAUGGUAAACAAAGCUGUGACGGUAAUCAUGAACCGUCUCAAUUCGUUGGCUUCAUUUGAUGGACCUGAAAGUAAAGUUGCUACCCUCGUCACUGCAGCCAACAGUCAUGACAAUCUGUGCCGCAUGGAUCCGGCCUGGCACCCUUGGCUGUAA